GAAAAUAUAAGAAGUUCACUUCACGGAAUAAACUGUGAAUCUGCUUUUGUUCAAACACAAGAGUCAGAGUCAGUGUCCCGAGGUUGCGGUAGGUGGCUACCUUUGUUUCUCAAAUAUCUUUAUUUGCUUUAAAGUUUCUGCAUUUUUGUGUUCAAGAAUCUUGUUUGUUCAUUCAUUCAAAGAUGCUCACUUUAAAUCUUCUUCCAUCCAGUAAUGUCACUCUCUCCAAAUCCCGCGCCACUCCAAAUCUUGUUACCAGAAACCAAAAGUUGAGAAAUUUGCCAUUCACCAAACCCUCGAUUCAAAAUGGCCAUGGCCACCCUUUUAAGUGUUCUGCAAAUCUUGGUUCUCAGAUCUCUCAUUCAAGAUUGGAUUUUUCCAAAAUCUUGAAACACCCAUCUGAGUUUUCUUCAAGAAAUACAACUCAGAUCCUUAAAGCAGCCUCUGGAACCCCGGAUGAAGUUAGCCCAGAUGGGGAGAUUAUUGAAGCUUCAAAGCCAAAAGUGAAUAUGAAACUAGCACUCAUUUUUGGUCUUUGGUACUUUCAGAACAUUGUGUUUAACAUAUAUAACAAGAAGGUAUUGAACAUCUUUCCUUAUCCAUGGCUUCUUGCUUCUUUCCAGCUUUUCUGUGGUUCUGUUUGGAUGUUAGUUUUAUGGUCUUUUAAGCUUCAACCUUGCCCAAAAAUCAACAAAUCAUUCAUUAUUGCCCUUCUUGGACCUGCUUUGUUUCACACAAUAGGCCAUAUUUCAGCUUGUGUUUCAUUCUCAAAGGUUGCUGUUUCUUUCACUCAUGUUAUUAAGUCUGCAGAACCUGUUUUCUCUGUUGUGUUUUCAUCAUUCCUUGGUGAUACAUAUCCUCUGACUGUUUGGCUUUCAAUUCUUCCUAUUGUGUUUGGUUGCUCUUUGGCUGCUGUUACUGAAGUGUCUUUCAAUUUGGGGGGCUUGUCUGGUGCUAUGAUAAGUAAUGUUGGGUUCGUUCUUCGCAACAUUUUUUCGAAAAGGAGUUUACAGAAUUUUAAGGAAGUGGAUGGUUUGAAUCUGUAUGGCUGGAUAACCAUAAUCUCAUUUCUAUAUCUAGCUCCAGUAGCAGUGUUUGUGGAAGGUUCUCAAUGGGUGGCAGGUUAUCACAAAGCUCUUGCAACUAUAGGAAAUCCUAACACAUUUUAUCUAUGGGUUCUCGUAUCUGGGAUUUUCUACCAUCUCUAUAACCAAUCUUCUUACCAAGCACUGGAUGAUAUUAGUCCCCUGACGUUUUCGGUUGGCAACACUAUGAAGAGGGUGGUCGUGAUUGUCGCCACUGUGUUGGUAUUCAGGAAUCCAGUCAGGCCUCUAAAUGCACUUGGCUCUGCUAUUGCCAUAUUUGGAACUUUCCUGUACUCACAGGCAACGGCUAAAAAGCCAAAGAAAGAGGUAGCGGAAAAGAAGGAAUAGGAAGAUGGUUGUUUCUGUAAGACUCAGACACUUUUGAUCAGUGGCAUAUUGAAUUUUCUUACUUCAAAACAAAAAUUUUAUCAAUUCCAGGAGUUUCAUUGUA